GAAGCACGGCACCUCGGCCAAAGUGUGGUGGAGUGUGGCUGCGGCCCCGCUCCGCUACAAGCGCAGCAGUAUUACAAAACUGAAGCCAGCAUUUGUAACUAAUGGUGCCGUGUGUGAUGCUGAACCUGGGAGGACGUAUUUGUGUGGCUGCACGAACAGCCGUCACCAUCAUGAGCAAACAACCAGUGAACACAUCCAGCUAUGCUAUGGUCAGGGCAAUAGAGGACCUGGAGAAGAACCCUUACUUUGAUAAAUAUGCUGCCAAAAUUGCUAAAGCACAAAAGGAGUCACCAGAGGAGUUUCUUGCAAAGUUUGCCAAAAACAAGGAGGUGAAGGAAAGUCAGCCAGGUGGACAUGGGUUCACAAAGGUUGCAGAGAAGGCUAAGGAGUCAGCAUCCAAAGGAGCAUACAGCUUUGCUCCACAGAAGAAACUGGAGAGCAUCUUGAAGACAGACCUCCUGCAGGGCAAGACUAAUGAAGAGGUGGCAUAUAUAUGGAUGGAGCAUUUUCGCAACAAGGAUGCUGUGUGUGGAAUGAUAUCUGCUGAAAUAUAUGAGAAACUUCACGAAGCUACAAUAAAAUAUCCAUGUUUUGUGCUUCCCUUACCAAGAGACCAAGGCUACGAGUUCAUUGUGGUGCAGUUUGCUGGGCAUGAGGCACACUUCACGCCGCUCAUCAACUACCAGGCAUACAAGGAAGAUGCCCCAGAAUGCUUGACAAUGGUCCACUAUCCUGACCUGAAGGAAGAGAGAGGCAUUGUGCUCAUGCAGGGAGAGUACAACAAGGAUGUUUUGAAUGCCUUUGAAGCUCAAUUCCUAGUGAACCAGCUUCAGCUGUACUUCUCUGGGAGUGACUUAGCUCGGACGGGACUACUGGAAAAGUUCCACCACAGACCCAAUGAGUUCAAGCACUCUGAGUUGGUGCAGCAGCUGGAGAGCCUGGACCUAAAUGCCAUUUCUCCCAAAAAAAAGGAUAAAUAAUCAUAAGCAGAAGAGUCUCCAACUCUCCCUGUUCUGGCACUCCCUCUCAGCACAUUCAGUCCCUCGCCUGCCAACUCUUCUCUCCAACAUUCAUCCAUUCUGUUGCUCCAUUUCUUUUGUAUCUCUUUCUGACACCAUCUCCCUUGAUCCUGCCGUCUUACACUCCAGACACUCUCUCCUGUCUCCCACAUUUCUAUAUAUGAUUUUCUAUUAAGUCCUUUUUUCCUCCUCAACUGCCUCUUUUAUCUUAUCUAUCCACCAUGCACUUCCUUUAUUAUUCCUUCCAUACACCUUAUAUCCAACUGCUUCCUCAGUAGCCCUAACCCUAACAUAAUGUAGUCUAAAACUUUGUGGAAUGAUUGAAAAUCUCAAACACCUCACUCCAGCAUUGUAUUUUAUUACUACCUUUGUUCUUCCCAGUGAUUCCUUCAUCUUCCUUCUAUAUAUCUGCAUUUUACCAUUGCCACACAUUAUCUUAUGUGUCAAUUCCUUCCUUUCAUUUUCCUUCUUCCCAUUCCUUGGAAAUUAUCAUUUUUCAUCCUUACUUUUGCUGCUAACGCAAGGUUAUCACAACCAUUAAACAUUCUCCUCACAACCUUUGUAUCCCAUGCAUUCAACUUCCUUCCUUUUCCAAAAGUCUGAUGCUCAUCUAUGUACAUUGUGGCAACCCUAUAACAAAAUCCUGGGCCUCCUUUGUUCUGACAUUGCUCUACCUUGCGAAUGUAAAAAA